CCCACAUCGCAAACCUGUGCUGAGUGUCCUAUGAUGGUUACUCAGGGUCAUCAGACAAGGAAUGUUUAAAAGUGCAAGAAGGCUGGCCAUUUCCCUUCCAACAAGAUUAUCAUGUCCCUCGAAUCGCCUCUCAGUUGCCUCACCGGCGCUUUCACUUCUUCUCGAUUAUCGUUGUCACAUUUUGACCUCGACGUCUUAUCCGGAAUAGCAAUUCUUUUCGGAGGCCAAGCAGCCGUAUCCGCGCUUGCAUUACAACCGCUGUACGGUCGGAUAUGGCAUGGAUGGUACAACGCACCCGGAUGCCACGCAAUUGUGUGGGAGCUGGUUAGAACUUUGUUGCAGAGUUCCGACUCACAGUAUUCCGAGAGACUCGCGCUUUCUCUCGGCAUAGAUGGCAAGAAAGGGCCCAAAUACGUUGCAUCGCGGUCAGGAACGGUCAUGCAGCACACUCGCCAUCUUGCGUACAUGCUGAUUAACAGCAACUGGAGGGGCAAGGAGUGCAGUCCAGUGAUAGUUGGUCGGAGGGUCAGCCCGACGCCGAUGCAAUUGAUGAUCGUGGACUUCAAGAAGAAAGUGUUGACGGGAGAUGACACGCUGCCCCCAAGAAGUUCUAAACACUCCUUCUUGUCCAUAAUCGCUGUGGCCACUAGCAUCGCAGCUUGCGCCGGUUGUGCCAGGGUCGAGGACUGGUUAUCUUUCAAGAUGAUUCUGCUUGGAAUGGUCUCCUCAGGAAUCACUUCUUUCAUCAUGAGCACGGGGAGGAUCACCCUUGAACGGCUCAAACCAGCAGAUGGAGUUCCACCCGGAGACGGCAUGCUACUGUCGGAUAACCGCAUCGUAAUAUUGAGGGGCAACGAGGAGGACGUAAACGCUGUGACCAAGGGAAGACUGCGGCUGAAGCUCAAAGGAGGUGGUUACACCCUCCUUCUUUGUGCAUUUAUAGCGUUGUCGCAAGUUACCCUACAGCUCGCCUUUAUGCCUUUCGGGUCUCUACCAGGACAAAUCAUGUUCCUGCUAUCGCUCUUAGUGUCUGGGGCAUGCAACCUAUAUCUGUCAGCAAAGGGAGAUGACGUGCAGUCGAAUGCCCUCAUUACCCUACUGAAUAAUCCGGAGGUGAAAACGUACCAAGCUAGUUCUAGAGCAUCCGCUGCCGUUUUGGCGUGCCUAGCGCUCUGUUGGGACUCUGACACGCCACCUAUGCAAGUCCUCCAGGACAUUGUCCCCAUCUCGCCAAGACCGUGGAAGGUCUGGUCUGAGUUUGUCGUGGGGAAUAUCGAGAGGAAGAGCACGCACUUCGUGUGGGGGAUAGACGAGUCGAGGAACGACCUGGAGGAUCGGGAAGAGAAGCUUUUGACCGAACUCGUUGACGAUGCUCAUGCAGCAUACGACCAGUAUAUGAAGGAUCAUGAUAUACGCAUUGCAAUAUAUCUGUAGCCACUUAUCAUUAUCCAUAUGUAUGCUUUCUGCGAGUCUUCAAUAUUUUUCAAGCGAUGUGCGAAAUUUUCUCGUUCUCAACUUGACGCUCCCGUCGUGACUUCAUACAG